GAUGCCAAGGAAUGUAAAGUUAUUGACUGCAAAACCUAUAAUUUUGCUGGAAGGACUGGCAUAGCUAUCCUGACUGGUAAUUACCACUUUUAUGUUGCAAACAACGUGGAAGAGGCCAGGAGUCGACAGUACUAUGACCCACCAGGUAAAUAAUGUUUUAUUUUGAAGUUACAUGUUCAUCUCACGUGCUUUUGUGAUCUAUAGAACUCAAUAUCUGCUUGUGUCUCACUUUCCUUUGGUGAUAAGUUUGAAUUUGAUGAGAGUUAAAGUGUUGUUCAACAGGCAAUAAAGGAAUCUUGUCACGCAUUAUUCCUUGUAGCAUUUGACUGACUGCAAGUGGGCUUGAAUUCUAACUUUUGUUUUUGCGGCGAGAAUAUUUUCAGGCUUUCUUCUCUUAAAUAUUUACAAUGAUCUGUCGUAGUUAAAUGUGUAUUUUGCCACAUUUUUCACAAGGAAAACAAUAACUGCUCUCGAUCCCAACUCGUUAAAAUUCUGUCACCUAACUACCUGAGGGCUGUCCCUAUCUGAGAAAACUAGAAAGUCUAAUCGUUUGCAGAUGUCUUUAGAAAGGCAGCACUUUCUGCUCAGCAUUAAAAGACCCCCGCCUAAGUGUUGAUCCAGCCGGUGUGUUGAACCAGCGACCUCUCGCUCAGCAGACCGGCGCUUAUCCAGCUGAGCUAACCGGACGGCAAAAAAUGACCAGUCAUGAAUCUUAAGAAACAUAGGGCCAGUUAUUUAAACGUAGUUUAGCCAGUGUUUAACAAAACCGCGUUCUGAGCCAUUUUCAAUUUGCCCAACGGUUUUAUCUAAACACCGUUUAUUGUGAAGUGUUUUAUGAAAGCAUAUAGAGUAGGUUAGAAAAGCAUUUAUCUUCUUAAAAUAUCGCACUAAGGAAGAGAUUCUGGAGGUCCAAAGAUUCGUUAAACCCCGGCUUAAAUUAAACUUCGUUUAAAUAACCGACCCAUAAUGUUUUUAACCAGGUUUAGAUGCUCCACCCAGCAGCUGGGUCAUUAUGCCGCAUGACAGAGGUUGAUCGUUGCUAGUGGCAAUUGAUAAUCUGUUAUACCUUACAGAAAAGGGACAGUGUAAUAGACUGGUGGGCUGUAGUAUGCAGUAGAACUGUUAUCGUGAUACAACCACUUAUAAUUCAAUCAUUGUUUCUCUUCAUCCAUGAAAAAUAACUUCAACCUCGAGACAUGCUUGCUUUUUCAUGAAGUUCCCGUCUUUAAAACGUCUGUUUCAGGAUUUGAAGAAAAGUUUACCAAGCAGAUAUUUGCACACCGAUUGCAACUCAGCAACGGUGGCGAAAACGUCUCUUUAAAAGAGAAUUCGGGUUGUUUGAAACUUCUUGGAGACGAAUCCAAUUUUUCAAAUGCGGGCGAGUUUUGGGCUUUUCUAGGGUUAAAUUCUCAGAGGCCGCAUUCAAGAGAAAAAUUGAUCAAAGUAUUCACGUUUUCCAUACAAUUAACGUGAAAUUAGGAAAUUUGCCCGCUCGGCAAAAUGUACCAGAAGCGUGAUGCACGUGUAGAGUUAUCGUUUAACGAAUUUUCGACCGGCUAAAAACAUUUGACCGGACACAUCGUUCACCCGGGACCGUUCAAUAUAUUUCGCUGUUCACACGGAACUUUGAACGGCUAUGCGUCUGGAUUUUCGUACGGUUAAGGUGAUGUUAUAGGAGACGAUGCGCCGCAACACAGCGUUGCAAUGUUGAAACAACGUUGCAACCAUUCGAAACAAUAUCGCAACAAUGUUGCAACACCGUGUUGCGGCUUGCGCGAAAAAUCGUUGUUGCGAAUUCGAGUGAACGUUCGACUGAAUUUUCAGCCGGUCGAAAAUUCGUCCUCUUUCCUUUUUGACUUUCUCUUUGCUGUCGCUGUCUCGACAUCCUAAACUUCCUCUUGAGUGCCAAGUGUAAGACAGGUUGCUACUUUUUACCAAUCCUGAAUCAGCCACAGGGCGUAGCAAAGCAGUGGGUGCAGGGAGAAGGAAGGAACGGAGGGGAAAAAAUAGAGAAGUGUGUUGAGAUGUCGCAAUGAGAAUAUUGUACAUCUCUGGCUUUAUCAGUGUCACAACUUUAAAUAUGAAAUAGCGAAGUCUCGAUCGUUUAUAAUGUUGACAAAUUCUUCACCGAACUCACACAAGUGAGUAUGCUUGCCGGCUACUGUUGUUGUUGAAUAGUUUUGAUAUUAUUCAAUUUUCAGACUGUUUCAUUCAGCGCUGGGGCCCCGGUCACUUCCAUCAUAGAAAUGGCCAUAUCUUACAAUUAUGAAUACUUAGCAAUGUUUACAGAUACUGGUUUGUUAUGGAUAGGAUCAGCAGAUUUACGGGUGGGUAUAACACUGUCACACUGUUCAGCCCGCAAAUUCAGCUAUCAGAGGACGAGUUCAAGCAGUUAGCGCCGAGUAGACUCGGAUUCUUAGAAAAUGAGAACGAGUGGCGGUCUAAUUCAACUGGUAGUACUAGCUUUGAUUCUAUAUCAAGGGUUGAAGAAAGCAUGUAAAAAGGAUUUGUUUAUACUACUUGAAUUUGAGGUAUCUUUUCUUGUGACAAAUGAAGACCCGUAAAAUUAAAAUUUUUGUAUCCGCCUUAGUUCUCCAUGGUGGGAUAUCAUCAUUAAUUUAGUUUAGCCACUUCUUCCUCGGAAACCGUGCAAAAACAAAUUCUUGUUAUGGCAAUGUUGAUUUUUAUCGCGUUCACUUAAUUUGCCGACAUCUCCGCAAAGCGAGGAAGCUUAGCAACCCGGGCCGCUAGGCCAGGCCCUGAAGAGCUCAACUUAAGUACGCCUGUAUUUCGCAGUUCUUUGAAUUUUGCAGUUAUUGUUGUAUUUCUGUCUUCUUUAGAAAAUCUACUGUGAGUUCAAUACUUCUUGUCCAUCAAGACCCAAGCAACUAACCUGGUAAGGAGGGAGCAAUUGUUCUUUCUAGAAUGAAGGCUCUCGUCUUUUAUGGCGAAUUCUCGCGCGGUUGGCCGGGCCAUUCUUUUGAAUUCAAACUGAGAGCCAUCGGUGUUUUUCUUUCUUCCGCCACCCAUCAAGCGAUGUGUCGCCGUCACGUGUUGCUGCAACUAAUCUCCUGACCUGUAGACAGGGAGUAAUCUGUCGCCGCAACGUGUUGCUGCAACUUGCCUCCUUGUGUGUUCCGAUCUUUACUUAUUUCAACAUACCUUACAGGUGUGCAAUGGGCGCUGUCAUAUGUUACUGGGACGAUUUUUGGAUGUUGUUGGACCGACAAUGGACACUAUUAGAUAUCCUUUGAUUAACAAGAUCAUUCUUUAUCAUGAUCCGACUAGCUUUCCAACUAUUUGCAGGGCAAGCUAUCUAACUGCUAGAGCAUGCUAGAAUUAAAUAUUCUUCUUCUUGUUGUUGUAAGUGUUGGCUUGGCCAAGUUGGUAAUUGUGCUGUCAUUCUACAAUUAUAUAUUGAUCGUGUUACUAAAAACACCCUUGAUUUGAACUGACAAUUGUUACUAGUGUAGAUACGAGUAGUUUUUUUUAUUGAGCACAAUAUUGACAUAUAUUUAACAAUUAUUACACGAGUGCGCGUUAGAUAUGAGUGGAAUAAUUAGUUAUUAAAAACGCCCACAAAAUAUCGAGAAUUCUUCCCGUUUUUAUUUGUAAGAACAACCGAUUUUCAAAUUUUGGUAUGUGGCUCAUAUUCCAUGAUGGCUAAGCCAGUCAGAGCUCUUUAAUUGCAUUAUCCCAUGAUUCAGUUUUUAAUCAGUAUGCAUAUGCUAAGGAUAGCGCCUGACUUCUUAACAUAUUUCACAUAUCAGAUGGACAGUGCUGUUCAUUUAGUUCAAGAGUUAGAUGGCGUAAGAAUCAUUGGUAACGAGACUCAUGAACUGCUUCAGCGAGUUCCAGGUUGGUAAAUAUGAUUACGUUGAUUGCGGGCGGUUUCUCCUCCUGGCAAAACCUCCCUAGCAACGAGGAGCAAGGUGAAACGGCUGUAUUAGCAGACUACAAGUGAAAGGUUUCAAAAUGCUCGCAGAUAUUCUGUCUUGUUCUCGAUUCAUAAAGCUAUCGAAAUAUAGCCAAAAAUAACAAUCCCUGUUGGUGGCCGGGAUGUCCUUGAGAUUUAUUUCUUCUCUACAGACAUUUGAUGCUUUUCCAAAUUACCUUCAUUACCUGUAGGUGCUUAAACCGAAAUAAACUUUCGAGACUGUUGACUUAACCUUGAGCUCAGUGUGGUCUUGCUGUGGCUCAUGUAUGAUUUUUCAACUUACUCCCCGGAAGCAGAUGGGACUGACUCUACAUUCAGUAUUCCCCAUCCAAAGAAAAUGGGUACCCUGUUGUCACGAAUAAGCAGAAAGCCCCUAAACUUUAUUCCAGUGACUUGUUCAAUCGGUUCACGGUCAAGUCGCCCGAAAUCAGGGUCAUGUCGCCCGAUAUCUUGAGUCAUGUCGCUUAAAGUAAACAGCGAUAUUUGCGUCUUUGUUUAACUUCACAUUUGCAUAGGUUACCGGACACAGUUGAGUCUACAUUGUUGAACAUUGUUGAACUAAAUUCCUUAGGAUAUACUUCAGAUGUUACUUUUCUUCAAGUCUAUACACUCGAUAAAAUUUUGGGCGACAUGACUUAGGAUUUCGGGUGACAUGACUCUGGUUUCGGGCGAUAUGACUUUUGGGCGACUUGACCGGUUACCGUUCAACCAGAACCACUUCUUAUCACGAAUGUGAAUAAUUAUGUCCGAUACUAGAGCAACUAUUUCUAUUCAUCUUUCAGCUGCUGUGGAACAAGUGUUUAAAAUCGGUUCAAUGGAACCAGGUGCGAUGCUGUUUGAUGCAUCAAAGGAAUUUGAGGUAAGCAAUGCUUCACUCUCUCUGGGAAAAAGUUGUCCCGGGUAAAAGGCUCAGCCGCCUACCCAAGCCAGUGGCGGAUCUAGGGGAGGGGUCAGGAUCCUGGGGUGGGACUGCACCCCCUUAUCUCAGGGGUCUGAAUGACCGGGCUUCCCCUUAUCUGAAGGUCUGGACCCUCCACUGCGAGCCACCCUGGGCAGCCUGUUGUUGGGUGACCUGUUUUCCAUGGUAAGGUCACCAUCCUAGCUGAGCCAACUUUUCUCCAAAUAAUAAAAAAUAAUCAACUUUAUUUAUAUAGCGCUAUUUGAGUCCAAAACCUCAAUAGCGCUUUACAGAAUUCAUAAGAAAGAACAAUAAUGAAUGGAAAAAAAACAUAGCUGCAGUAGCAUGAUAGUAAAAACAAUACUUGACGAACAACAAUAAAGUUUCAACUUAAAGAUUCUAAACUGCACUAAAACCUUAAUCCCUAAAAAUUAAGCUGUCGUUAUGAUUCUUUCGUGUAUAUUCCUGUAAACAGAAAAAGAGCGCCCGAGCAGAGGAGUGCAUUCGGAUAAUCAAAGAACGUCUUCCUGAGGCUGUGCAGCAAUGUAUCCACGCCGCUGCCGGGGAACAUGAGCCUGCAAUACAAAGAGGACUGCUGAGGGUGAGUAUAGUUUGGGAGGUAGUCAUGGCAACCACAUGAUCCCAUGUUCAGUUGCUGCGUUUCGAUUCUCACAGCAACCCGCCCCGAGGGGGUGGGGGAGUUGUUGACAAGUUUAAGGUUUCUUACACAGUGAUUGGUGUUCUGUAAACUGCUAGAGAAAUUUACCAUUGUUUGAAAAAUACAUUAUCUGUUUUCCGUGGCAAAAUCACCACCUCCUACUAAAAAUGUUUUGGUUAAUCUGCUGAAGUUCCUUCGGUUGGGCAUAAAUCGUUGAACGUGAUGCCGUGAAAAGAAAAUCUGUACUCAGUAUAUCUGGGUAAUUUGAAUUGAAAGCGAAGAGCGCAAGUAGUUCGUCCAUUAUGUUUCUAUUUGAGGAGUGUAGUAAGAGACAUAAAGGACUUCAUUAAUGCUUUCGACGAACGCGUCAUUCAGUGAUUUUUCAGUUAUACAGGAUGAAUUGAAAGUAUAGCUAAUCUCAGCGAGUGGUCAACAUUCGCCGAUAACACUGCUAUGUUACCAUCUACCAAGCGAAGUUUGCAACGUCGCUUGGUCAGAGAUUUUAGGCGGGAAAUAAUUCUCGUGUGACAUGUCGUGUGUCCUCGUAGUAACCAGUAAGAGCGCUCCGGCGGUUGAUGUUGGGGAAAAUUUUACCUAUAGUAUAACCGUUUCUUUACUGAUCUCCGCUGUAAUCUUUUCUUCUCUUUGCUAGGCUGCUUCCUUUGGUAAGAGUUUUCUAACUGAUAUGCCGCCACACGCGUUUGUUUCGAUGUGCCGGAAUCUUAGAGUGUUAAACGCCGUGCGGGACUACAUGGUUGGCAUUCCACUUACAUAUGGACAGUAUCCUUUAUCUUAUUUCAAGAGUGAACCAAAUUUUCAGUUGUUGCAAAAGCGUCGUCUCACAGGUUACAUUUUGCCCAAUUGCAGCGUGUGUUGCAGCAAGUCUACACUAUGCUAGCCUCCGUAGCAACACGAAAAUUUUUUCUAUUUUUCGGGUAAAUUUGCAGUUGCUUAAAUUGCAAUUUCCGCUGCGACGAUCAUAUCUUCAUUUAAACUUGCAUUUCCGUAGUUCACAUCAUCUUCAACUAAGUUAUCAUUGCUCUGGUCCCAACUUUUUCGACGAACUUGCGCGGACACCUUUUCUAGCGUCGGCACGGAAACCAUAUCAGAGAGUGUUUCUGUCCACACAAGAGAACGGUGAUUUCGGUGCGAUUUAUGUAACGGGGCAAAGCUGCGGGGUUUAAAUUACUUUUUUUUUUGCAGGGAACGAACGAGAUAUGUUCCUUUUUCUCUUUUUUAAAACGGAUAUGUUAAAAGUACGUUAACACAGUUUUCAAUUUUUUGGCUCUUAUCAAGUUCGUAAGUGGGCUCCAUUUUGCUUUUUUGUUCUCUGAGAGUACUCUUUUGAUUAUUUUUCAAAAAUUAUCCAAUUUUGACGCCUUGACGAUCGUCUUAGACUGGAAAAACUAACAAUGAAAACCCUUAUCGACAGGUGAGUUUUGUUUUUGUCACGCUGUUUGUUGUCUUUUUAAAAAAGGUAAAACUUGCAAUGCUUAUGCCUUUUUUGAGGGGGAGGGAGGAGGGGGGCGGUAAACAAGGUGUAUUGCUAUGUAGCUGGAAAUUUUUUCAUAACAGUGCGCGCUCUCGUUGGUUUCUUCGAGGUCACAUGACAAUUAACAAUGAAACUGUUUCCUGCCCAAAUCUGUGAGCGGACAACAUUACAAAAUCUAUGACGUCAUAAGGGAACGGUGCAUUGUUACCCACGCAUGUUGACCGACGACUACCGUUACAGCGAGGUUCAAUGAAUUUCCAGCUAUAUAGCCUCGGGAAACAUUGAGAACUCGGAAAACAAAUUUCUGCUUCCCUUGAGACCAGUCAUUAGGUGUUUAAGUGUUUAUUGCAAUAUGAAACGUUCAAUAAGUUCCAAGCUUCAGGUGAGAAUCAAACUUACGACCUUCCGAGUUCGAGAUCGGACGUUCUACCCACUGAGCUGCUGGGGGCUCUAUAGUGUGCAGCGUCGAAAUUUUUUUUGAUUAUACACCAGACCUGCUAUAGUACAUAGUACGAAAUAGUAAUUUUAAGAAAAAAAUAACAAAAUUAAUAUGAUGUAUGUCCGAUAAUCUUUCUCUUUUGCCCGACUAAAAUGGUGACGUGGUUGGACAUAAAUCAUUUCUAAAUGUCAAAAUUAUUUGCAUUCCUACUGAAUAUAAAACAAACUGAAGCAAAGUUGUUGUUUUUUACUUGCCUACUUUCCGUGUCUAAACCGUGUUUACUAAAUUGAUUUUUCCGCCAACAGACCUGGAGAGGGAAUUAUUUCGCUUAAGUUUAUUUUAUUACCGUUUAUUUUCUGCUCCUGUAGGCUUGUUUUGAGGCGUCACUACUGUCUGGCCAUAAGAAUCUGUGAUUACCUGAAGAUUCCUAAGGAGGAGGGUGCCAGUCGCAUCCUUGGACACUGGGCUUGUUAUAAAGUGAGUGUAACCAGCGGAUAGCAGCUGGCUGUUACCUAUAUGUAAGCAGGUGUCUUCCUGCAAUCAGCUUAUGGCUGGUAAUUUGAUAAAAUUGGUAAUGGUAAAUUAUGGUUGUGGAAAUAGACACAACUGGGGUUGGGUGUCCGGUGUUGUAGAUCAAUUAGACUGGAUUGUACGCGGUGAAGACAGCGUGGCCAGGCGCCCAUCGCGUUGUUUUCGCAAUCCGGCGGUCCCUGGUUGGAGUCCCACUCUGGCCACUUGCUGAAAUUCUUGGCGGUCCGGCAUUUCCAAGUUCAGAUACCCUGUCAUGCUUGUAAAUAGCCAACUGGUUGCUCCUGCCAGUUGGGGUUUUUAAUCCUGUUCUGUUUUAUUUUUUCAAUAAAUAAACAGUUGGACUUUCACAUGGCUGGGAUGAUCACAUUGAAAUUAACUUCUCCGCCCUAGUAGAAUACAAUAGUGUCCGUAAAUAGUUUUUCUUGUGUUGAAUAUAUUGACAUCUCUUUCGAUUCUACACCUCUUCAAAACUUGCUUUUCUUGUUUAAACAGGUUCAGCAAGCCAAUGUCGAUGACGAAGAGAUUGCUCGUGCUAUCAACUCCAAGCUCGGAGAGACUCCUGGGAUAUCGUACUCAGAAAUAGCUUCAAAGGCAGUGGACUGUGGACGAACUCACCUGGCCAUCAAGGUUAGUUGAGAGCAUUCACAUGUGAACAGUUUUAUUAUAGAUUACGUUCCAAGCACAUUUUGAGGCAUAAAGCGGUGUCCUCCGUUAGUAUUUCCUUGCUAAAUGCACUGAGGCUUAAAAUAACGGGGGUUGGUACAGAAUGGGAUUUUUUUACCCGCGAGAUUGCUUUUACUGUAGGUAAUCAAGAUUUUUUUUUUCAGUAUCCGGAGUAUGAAGACCGCGCUUUGUAAUAAGUUCGGCGGUCCGCUUUAUUAUCAGCAACACCACUAUGGUGAAAUAUUAGUCAAUUGUUAAAGGACUCAUGUCGAGAAACAAAACGUACGGCUGCAAAGAAGACCAAUGGGGGAAUGGAAUAUGGAGAGAUUUAACAAAUGAGUUGAUAAAUUAAAUACAAACAAGUUUCAUGCUCUAGCCCUUCGUCAGAGCGAAGAAGGGAUAGCACUCGAAAUGUUGCUGCUAUAUGGCUCCGAGGCUUUCUGGUCAUUUUUUCCUUAUUGGGUUUGGUUUUUUUUGUGCUUAAUUCUCUUCUGGGCAUUUCGAGACAAUUGAGUCGUGAAAAAUUUUCAAUUUUGACCCUAAAGCCUUGGAGUCAUGUUAGAAUUUUAAUAUAUCGAACGUGGGCCAUUGAUCAAUAUAACUUCUUAACUUUCACCAUUGUUCUGUCCAGGGGUUACCAACAUGCUCGUCUCGUAAGACGUCAACAAAACCUGGAACGGACCAGGUCAGAUCAAUCCCUGUAACUUACUGGAUAACGAAAGAUAAGGGAUAGUGCCUCUGGGAAUGAUCUGAUCCGGUUCUGCGGUCCAGGUUUUGCCUACGGCCUUUCUCGUGGCUUCGCCGCUUGUGCCUCCACGAGGAGACCUGCCUACAGCCUGGCUUAAAGCCAGCCUUGACCUCUAGCUGGAGCAAUCUCACCAUAAGUAAGUUCGUCGUUUGACAAUCGGUAAACGAGCCUAUCAUAGCCAUGUCAUGAUAGCCUGUUCAAAGUCCGUCGAGCGCGGGUGAUAAAAUAUAAGCCGCAGGGGAUUAUAUUUGAAAUGAACGAAAAGAACAAUAAAACAACGUCUGUGUACAGGCUAUGCCAUGAUGCAUAAUGUAUCUUUUAAGAUACUCACAUCUUCGUGGUCUGGUUUUUUACCUUUAGCUGUUGGACUAUGAAGCAAAAGCCGCUGACCAAGUUCCACUGCUCAUGCGCAUGAAUAAAGAUGACCUAGCGCUCGAGAAGGCCAUUAUGAGUGGAGACACGGAUCUGGGUGAGUUAUAAGUGGGUACCACUGCGGAGAACUACAGCUAACUUUGAGUAUAGUGGAGGGAACAAUUUUUGAAGCGCGUUUUUGUUUCGUCGUAGUCGCAAGAGCCGACUGAUAGAAAGAUCUAUCGUAAUGUUGAAAUUGUACCAAAGGUUCCAAAAAUUUAGAAUAAACUCUUUCUCAGCUUAAAAGUUGGCGUUACACCAGCGGCGUUACAAGCUGAGACAGUUUCAAACCUUAAAACAUUUUUGAGAUUGUUUUGUUGCUCAUUAUUUGGAUCUUCCCUCACCGUUGACACAAUUUCAAGUAUAUUUCAACCAUCUUGAUCCUUACAUGCUCUCCUCCAAUGGUAACAGCUUUCUCUGGUCAGGUGAUCAAAAUUGAUGGAUCCGAACUGCCGUUUUGCAAAACCCGCCUACUUGAUUUUCCCCUGUAUCUAGAUGACAUUUCAUUUGUGUUGUCUUUUUUUUCUUUCUAGUGUAUAUGGUUGUUAUGCAUUUGAAGGAUAAUCUAACUCUUGGUGAGUUCUUGAUGGCAAUACGUUACCAUCCUGUGGCUCUCAGCCUCUACAUCAAGGUAAGUCUAUGAAAAAAAGUUGUGUAAAUGAGUGCGUAUUUGUUCAAGGCUUCAACCAAGAGAAAAUCCGCCAUUAUUUGCCAGGAGACAUUUUUUCCUUUCUCUGUUCAUUCUUUAAGGCCAUAAAAAUGACGUUAAAAUGUUUAAAACUUAAAUGGAGGGGUGAGAGGUUUUACGGUAAAGUUUGGAGCAUUUUUAAUCUCAUUUCUUUGAAAUGUCGGAGUCGCGGCAGUGAAAAAUGGCUACGUUUCUAUUUGUUUUUUUCAAGGUCCCGGAGAAUCGCACUCAAGAAACAGAGAAGAGAAGAACCUUCAGUUCUGUUUCUCCUCUCUGUACUGUCAUAAGCAAAAGUUCUCAACCAAUCGGGGCGCGUAAAUCACUCGGUUAUUGUAAAUCGUUAGACUGUGUGGCAGGCGGCUUAAGAGGUAUUGAAAAAAGUAAAAAAGGGAGGGGUAAAGGGAAGAGAAAAAAAACGACACCUUUUUUCAUUUUUGCUUCUUUUCCCUUCCCUUCACUCCCCUCCCCCUCUUCUCUCGUUUUUGCACCUGUUACGCAAACUACCACGCAGGCUAUUGUGAAACCUAUAUAUUCACUUUGGCAUGACUGUGAUUUGUCUGCAGUACUGCAAGGAUCAGGAUCGCCGUACACUUGUGGACCUGUUCUACCAGGAUGACCAGUUUAUGAACAGUGGUAAUGCCUUUGUGCAGGACAGCUACAGUGAGAAGGUAUCACAUAAAGUAGCUUGCAUGCUAUCUUGCUUAGGAGGGGAUCUGGUCGAAUGUUGUUUUAUUAUUUUAUUUCUUUAAUAUGUAAUUUCAAUUCUGAGCAAAGGGGUGCGUACGCUUCACUCCGUUUCUUCAUGGCGUCAUAGAUUAUUUUUGUUUCCGUGACUGUAGGUGACUACAAAGCUCCCCUCAACCUCAUUGCCGGGACGUUUUCCGGUUAGAAAAUGGGAUAAACCCCUGUGAACGAAUGGUCGGCAGCAAUCUUGUUUAUUUUGAGCGUCAAGAAGAGCCAAGAAUACGUGUAGCAACUCUUAUUUGUAAUUUAACUCGCACAUUUCUCGUGUUUAAACUCGAAACCUUUAGCAAAAUUCGUUCUAUUCAAGCAGUGAUAUCUACUACACAUGCGCUAAUUGUUGCCGUCCAUUUCUUCGUUGUAAAUAGUGGCCCUUAAUACAUGCAGCGACCACGUAACCAAAGGAGACAUAAAACUACAAGGUUGCUGGUAUUUUUCACAGGGAUCGUCCAACGAACAAAGCGCGCGCGCCUGAAAAUCGCAGCUCUGCAGGAAAGGCCGUCACGCGAAGGGUUAAUUAUUAGUUGCGUAACGCCUUCCGGUCUCUCUCCCAAUGUGCUCCGCAGAGCUUUUACUAACCUUGUCUGGCGGAGCGGUUACUUUUAGUCCUGAACCAAAAGGAUCACAUCCUUGGAAAAGAGAUUGGCGCUCACCUUAUUAUUCCUUGAGAAAUAAGAGGAAAUUCGUUAUCUAUGAAAUGUUGCCGGCCAUAGAAUAGAAUCAUCGUUUUGAUAUCUCUUGUCACUACACUUGACAUAAAAUCUGAUUUUCUUCUAUUUUUAUUAUUUAGACAAUAGAAUCCAAGAUGAACACAUUGUCCAAAGCACAGAUGUCUUACCAGCAAGGAGGAUUUCAGUUCUACUCAAAGGUGUGUGCUCUUCACUUUGUUGCUUUGAUUUAAAAUACUUCAAACUCCUUCAACGCUAGAGCCACUCAUUCCUUACCAUGUGGAGAAACAGCAGACGGAUGUUAUGUUUUGUCUAGUAAUCUAGGAUACGGGAUAAACGUGCGACAUUCGUUUCAAAAGCACCCAGAAACUCUCCACUCCUCUCGCUGUGUUUCAUUAACAAAUACCUUGACUGUGCUCUGAACUGAUAUAAAUAUUAUUACGCAGGAGGAAGCGCCGGGCUAGUGUACGAAACGCCGAGUGUAGGGGGACGCACAAGACUUAGUCGAGAGUGUUUAUCCCUAGUUCUUAAGUGCUUUGUAACAUAACAAAGCGCAGUAAAGGUUUCUUUAUUGGUUUUAUGAUAAAGAAUCCGUUAAAUUCGCCACGCAUUACGUUCUAAUUUUCAAAACAAACUAUUGGCAGAUGGCGUGAAAGCUGAAGCUCCGUGUUUUAUACCCUGAUAAACACGCUUUGUCAUCCAAUCAGAGUGCGCGUUAAAAGAGUGUUUUCACAUGACGUCAUGGCGUCCAUAUUGGUGUCCCAAACCAAUCCUCUGGGAGUUGAACUCUUUUCUUUAUAUGCAAACGCUAUCUUUUGUUCCAACAAAUUUGCAUAGAUGCUGGCCACGUGAGUGAAAACACUAUACUGAUCUGAACUAUAUUAUAAAUAUUAUAACAAAACAUUUCUUGUCAGUUAUGCAUUGUAUGCAUGUGCGAUUCAAUUUUCCAGGCAACAGAAUAA